AUGCAGAAGAAAAUAGUACAACAGACGACGAUACCGUCGCAAGUGCGGAAGAUUUUUACGACAUCAGCUCAUCAUCAAACGCCGCAACAGUCCAACAUGCAGAUGAACAUGGCGAAAAAGAUUAACAGUCUGCUGCAGAGCGGUUCGGUCAGUGUGACAGGCAUUCCAUCUGGCCAGCAGCGUGUUUUGCCGAAGAAGCCAAUGCCAUCCUCAACGGGGGUUAUGAUCUCGAACAGCAAUAACAGCAGUUUUGCGGCAAGGCAGCAAAAAUGUUACAUCUGCGGUGAAAAUGCGGGUCUAAACGCGACUGUACUAUCCGAAGCAUCGACCACAACAACGCAAACCGAGUACGUGAUCAAGCUGGCGAAACUGAUCGGGCCAGACUAUUCGGUCGUGCUGACGAGAGAUGACGUCAUUUGUCGCCGGUGCAUUAUGCUGCUUAAUCAGGUGGACAAGAUAGAAUCGGAGCUGGAUACACUACGCGGUACGUUGCUUAGUUUCAUCCAUAAAAAGAACAACAUCCCGGAUGACGAUGCGAGUUUAGUUGGUUCACCACCGGCUAAGAUGCCGAAGCUAACACCCAUUAGUACGACCGGUACGGGCGGAACGGUCGCAACACCGGCCGGUAACAUAACGUACAGCGUAAAAACGAUUGCCGGCCAGCAACAGAUUAUCGAUGCUAAUGCGUCCGGUACCAGCUCUGAUCUGAACGCAAGCAACACGUCGGAUGUCGAAGCUCAGCUUACGAGCAUGUUCGAGAAGAACGCAUCGUCGCCGGGCACGUCUGGCCAGCUGACGACGAAGCAACACAUUGUGGUAACGACAAACAACGGUGGCACGGUAAGCGUGGGAGAAAACGCACAGGGUGGCAUGGGUCCCAACCGAAAGGGCACCAAGCUGUACAAGUGUAUACCGUGCGGAUUCAAAACAGCUGACCUAGCCCAAUUCCAACCCCAUUACGCAACCUGUCAGCCACGGAAUAAUGCCCUAGCGGCCCAAAAUGCAAGCGCGGUAAACGCUUCCACCACCACAACUACUACCACCACCACCGGGUACCGAUGCCGAACAUGUAAGCUUUUGUUUGCCAAUGUCACCCUGCUGAAACAACACAUGAUGCAGGAACAUCAGCAACAGUUGCACCAACCGCAGCAGAAAACCAUUGUCACCACAUCAUCCAGUGGUGUGACGGCACAGGACCAGCAGCAUGGUGCGACCGCUGCUGCAACCACCACCCUGUACUCCUGCACCGUGUGCAAUGCCUUCAAGACGGCGGACAAACAGACGUAUGAUGAUCACUUGCGGAAGCACAUCAAGCUAAAGCCGUUCAAGUGUCGCGUCUGUCUGAUGCGCUUCGAAUCCCGCGAACAGGCGUCGAUCCAUGCGAAACAGCACCAGCCGGACUAUUUCAAGUGUGGCAUUUGUAAUGUGACUUUCAGUAAGCGCGAACAACUGAUGAACCAUCUCGAGGUGCACGAGUCGGCAAAGAAGAGCGCCAAACAACCAGCACAGCAACAGGAACAACAACAGCAGCAUCAUCAACAACAGUCGCAACAACAGCAACAGCAACAACAGACAGGAGAUUCCUCUACGCAGAAACUGUUACAAGAAUCGAUCGAUGAGGCGCUACGGGACUCGAUCGCUGAUUCAAAGGUGAUUGAAUUCCACACUUGCAACUCCUGUUCGCUCACCUUCCUGAGCGAAAAGCUGUACACGCAGCACAUUAAGACGCACGCACACGCCACGGGCACCACACCGGCAGUCGUUACGACAGGGUUGGCACUGCAGCAACAGCAGUCACACCAAGGGCAGUCGCAGCAGCUGAUGCUGGCGAACAGCACUACCGCGGGCAGGAAAACAAUGGCAGGAGCAAAUACUGCCACAACUACGACCGGUGAUGGUGGCGUCAGCAGUGCGAAGAUUCUUACCACAAACACCACGACUAGCGGUGGAAACGCCGGCUCUAACACAAUUUCCGAUGGAGAUCUCGAAAGCAUCUUCGAACGUAUGCACUCCGACACGAAGGGGAACGAGUCGAGUGCAACGGGAACGACGUCGGAUGGUGGUGGCAGUAUGGUUAUAACCAAUCAGGACGGUACGACGGGUAACAUUACGUUCAACAUUACACUACCCCAGCAAGAGGAAGGAACGUUCGUGCAGCAGCAACAGGAUCACCAACAGUCGGUCGGUAUCGAUAUGCCUACACUCGAUCAGGGCGAUGAUCAGCAGCAACCGCAGCAGAAAGAACAACUCCAAAACAUGCCCGUCAGUAUGCCGAGCCUGGACGAUGAUGGCGAACAGUCGCAAAACAGUCAAAACUCCAACACGGAAAACGUACCGAUGGAGCUGGAGGAUAUGCAGAGCGGCGAAGGACAGCAAAUCAACUUGAUCCUAAACGAUGGACAGGUGCUGCAGCUCGACAAUCAUAUCCUGACGACGGACGCGGAAGGUAACCAGAUACUGGUGCAGGGCACUGACUCGGAACAGAUCCAGCAGCUGCUGCAGAGCGUCGGUGUGGUGAUGCAGGGCGGCGAAGGUCUCGGUGAGGGUGAAACGUUGCAAAUGAUUAGCGGCGAUGGAAACAACCAGAUGAUCCUCGUACAGGGCGCGGACGGACAGGAGCAGCUAAUUGACGCCUCACUGCUCAACGCGGAUGGUAACAUCGUCAUUCAGCAGUCCCAGGAAGGUGAACUGAACGCGGAAGGUACACACAUUACGACCGAGGACGGUUUGCAGAUACCGGUGUCGGUUGCGUUCACCACGUCCGGUGAAGCCGGCCACGAAGGUCAAUUGACGGUAUCCGUUGCGGACGGUAGCGAGCAGCAGUUGCAGCUGCAUCUGCAACAAACCGGUGCCGGUGAAGGCGAUGAACAGCAUGCCGAUGAGACGGAUGAGCAACAUCAUCAACAGCAGGGAGCGAUCCUGACGGAGAGUGGACAAAUUAUCAUCCAGUCGAAGGAACACGAGGAAGAAGAUGGCGCCAAGGCCGGAGAAGAAAACGGAUCGGCAAACGAUUCCACAGCGAGCGAUGGUGGCGCUGCGGACGGUGGUAGUCAAACGAAUGGUGGUGGCGUCGAAACGACGGCAAUGACACUGGCCGGUAGCUCGAAUGGAACAAUUACCACCACAACGACAACCACCACCGGCGCAGCUACGAACGCAGUAUCGUCGGCCAGUGCCGGUGAGGAUCAGCUGUUUAACUUUGACGAACUCAUCCAACCGCAGAUAGUUGUAAAGCAGCAAGUUAAAUAG